AUGACCGACUACCGCCCCGCCAAAAUCUUCCAAACCCCGGUAGACGAAGACAAAAACUCAUUCUACUACGGCUCCCACUCACGAUGCAUCGGGAAAUUCAUGGACGGACUCGAAAUCGACCCCUCGGGCCAUCUACACGCCCGAUUCGGCAAAAUCACAGAAGUCGUAGCCCUAAAACGGUUUAUUGGCGUCGUGCCCGUGCCGGACCCGCAGCGGCAGGGCAGCCAGAAGAAGAGCGGGUUUCGGCCACUGAGGUAUAAUGAACUUGUUAAUAUGCAGAGAUAUUUGAAUGGGUGUGAUUCGAGUGCGCUGCCUACCCCGGAGGUGGGUGAGCGCUAUGAAGGUAUUUGGGCGACGCCUGGUGGCGGUGUUAUGAUUGGACAGGGGGUUGUUAUGGAGGUGCUUGUAUCUCCGGAUAUCACGGUUAUGUACAUUGUUGAGCCUGUAUCGGAGCACAAGGUGAUGAAGGAGUUGAGGAGGCGGGAUCAGGCACGGCUGAGGAUGAUGGCUGGCAAGAAUCCUCGGGGGAAUGUCGCGCGGAGAGUAGUGAAGGAAAUAUUCUCUAUCUAG